AUCGGACUAUGGGUAACUGGGCUGAUCUACGAGUUCUUUGAAUCCAUUUUGCCCAUCAGGAGGAACAAAAAGGUAAAGUACCCUCUUGGUCUUGGCCUCUUGGGGUUCAAGACAAUGGCUACAUAUUAUGCCUUUGAGCCCUAAAAUUUGCUCGUUUCGGCUUUCUUGGCAUUUACCCCGCUGUUUCGAUAAAAGCCAAUUUCCUUUCUGUGUUUGCAUAAAUGAGGUCCUUGAAAGAUGGCUUAAUAUUGCACGUCCAGGCCAUUAAGGCUAGCUUCACGCCAUCAACCCUCACUUCCAACCAACUCAUUCAUCUCUACUCCAAACACGGCCUAAUCCAUGAAGCUCAAAAAUUGUUCGAUGAAAUGCCGGAGCGAAAUGUUUUCUCGUGGAACACCAUCAUCUCCGCUUAUAUAAAAUCCCAAAACUUAACUCAAGCCCGUGCUUUAUUCGAUGAUGCACCGCACAAAGACUUGGUCACUUAUAAUUCUAUGUUGUCUGGUUAUGUAAGCGCCGAUGGGUCUGAAACUCACGCGGUCAAAUUAUUUUACGACAUGCAAGCGGCCUGUGAUGAUAAGAUUAAAAUCGACGAAUUUACUGUAACUACAAUGCUAAGCUUGAGUGCAAAGUUGACUAACUUGAGUUACGGUGCUCAGUUACAUUGUUUUAUGGUGAAAACAGGGAAUAACAAAACUGGUUUUGCAGUGAGUUCUCUUAUUGACAUGUAUUCUAAAUGUGGGUGUUUUAAAGAAGCCUUUCAAGUUUAUAAGGGUGGUGGCGGAUUGGUUGAUUUGGUUUCAAAGAAUGCAAUGGUGGCAGCUUUUUGUAGAGAAGGUGAGAUGGAAAUGGCUUUGGAACUAUUCUGGAAAGAGCCUGAGUUGAAUGAUGCUGUGUCUUGGAAUACUUUGAUUUCAGGUUAUCAACAACAUGGUUACAUUGAGGAGUCAUUGAAGUUGUUUGUUAGGAUGGGAGAAAAUGGGGUUAGAUGGAAUGAGCAUACUUUUACAAGUGUUCUAAGUGCUUGCUCUAUAUUGAAGAAUUUGAAAGCUGGAAAGGAAGUUCAUGGCUGGGUUUUGAAAAAUGGGUUGAGUUUAAAUCCGUUUGUAAGUAGUGGCAUUGUUGAUGUUUAUUGCAAGUGUGGUCAAAUGAAGUAUGCAGAGUUAAUGCAUUUGGGUAGUGGGAGAAGCAUCACCUUUUCUGUUACUUCAAUGAUUGUUGGUUAUUCAUCUCAAGGUAAUAUGGUAGAAGCACGGAGGCUUUUUGAUUCGUUCGAUGAGAAGAAUUCUGUUGUGUGGACGGCAUUAUUUUCUGGUUAUCUCAAAUCACAGAAUUGUGAUGCUGUGUUUCAACUCUUAGGUGAGUUUUGGGAGAAGGAAGCAACCAUUCCUGAUGGUUUGAUACUUAUGUGUGUGCUUGGUGCUAGUGCCUUACAAGCUGCUCUGGAUCCAGGAAAGCAGACUCAUGGUUAUAUACUGAGAGUGGGAAUUGAAAUGGACGAGAAGUUGUUUAGUGCUAUCAUAGAUAUGUACUCAAAAUGUGGACAUAUAGCAUAUGCAGGAAAGAUGUUUCAGAAGGUUAAUUUUAAGGAUUCAGUCAUAUACAAUGUAAUGAUGGCUGGGUAUGCUCAUCAUGGGCAUGAAAGUAAAGUUUUCCAGCUGUUUGAGGAGAUGUUGCAGCAAGGAAUCAGGCCUGAUGUUGUUACCUUUGUUGCACUUCUAUCAGCUUGCCGUCACUGUGGUUCAGCAGAACUGGGUGAAAAAUACUUUAAUUCCAUGACAGAAUCUUAUAAGAUAUUGCCUGAGAUUGACCACUAUGCUUGUAUGAUUGAUCUGUAUGGGAGGGCUAAUCAAUUAGAGAAAGCGGUGGAAUUUAUGAAAGUUAUUCCCGUAGAGCAGGAUGCUGCUAUUAUGGGGGCAUUUCUGAAUGCUUGUAGGCUAAAUAAAAAUGCAGAAUUGGCCAGAGAAGCAGAAGCGAAACUACUAAGAAUUGAAGGAGAUAGCGGGGCUCGUUAUGUGCAGCUGGCAAAUAUUUAUGCUGCUGAAGGAAAGUGGGCAGAGAUGGGGAGGAUAAGGAAGGAGAUGAGGGGGAAGGUCAAGAAGUUUGCCGGUUGCAGUUGGGUAUUUGUGGAUAAUGGAGUUAACACUUUUAUCUCCAGUGAUAGAUCCCACUCAAAAGCAGAGGCUAUUUAUGCAACAUUAGACUGCUUGACCAGAAAACUACAUGAAACUGGCGAGGCAUUCCUUUGAGAAAAUCAGAAGACUAUAUUCUACAGUUCAACACGUGAUUGAAAAUGCCAGAUUAUUUGGAGUCUGAAAUCCAUGGUGACAUCCAGUUUUUCAUGCACAGAGGACUAUCAAGGGCCACGGAUAUUCAGGAGGAAAGGCAUGCGUCGAGAAGACAACUUUCAGAGUAAUGUUACGGAGCUCAAAGAUAAAAACAAGCAUUGCUGAGGAAGUCAUAAUACAUUCGAAUUGCCUCCAGUGCCCCAUUCUGUAACAUCAAGGCAAUU